AUGUCUUCUUCAAAAAGUAAUGUUGUUGUAAGUGGAUCAACAAAAAAUGACCGUAAUUAUAAUUACAUUUGUGGAAUGAGAUAUAAACAUUUACCACCAAUAUCAGGAGGCAGACGUAGUUUAUAUAAUUUACCAUAUACGCUCAUUUCAGAAAUAGACACUUUAGCUAUUGAAAAUGAAAGAACAUCAAAUGUAUACAAUUCAAAUAGAUUACCAUCUUUGACAGAUAUGCAUAUGGGCAUGUCAAUAGAUGAUGAAACAAUCCCACGUAUUUGGACAAAUGACUGGAGUCAACUUAAUCCUAAAGGUGUUAGUGUUGGUAUUGGCAUUGGCGGCAUCGGUGGUAGUUCGCAACGUGAAAUGCAUCAUAAAGAUAAAGAGUUAAUGGCACCUGCCAAACCUUCAGAAGGUAGUGGUACUAAUAGUAAUAAAUCGGAAAUUUUAAUUAGGUAUCCUGAAGAACCUAAAAAAUGGUUACGCAGACAACAACUUUUAGCUGGUGAUGAAAAUUUGUACAGAGGAGCUGCACCUAGUAGAAUGGAAAGUCGGUUGGCAACAGAUAAAGUGGAUAAUGAUAUUUUACAUCAGACACAUGAAGAGCAAAUAGAAGCGAUAGAAGAAUCAUUUAGUGUAGUCAACGAUCCAAACUGGACAAAAAAUCUUAAACAUCCACAAAAUCCAGAUCUUAAACCAGUUGAAAUACUACCAGUUUUUCCAGAAUUUGAAAUUGUCAAUGGAAGUCUGUUGGCCGAAAUUAAUUUUGAUGGUGAAAUACGUGAUCCAAAUGAUUCAUCGGACGAGGAGAAAGAUGAUUUUGAUUAUCGAGUAACAAAAUCUUUGUUGAUUCCAAUGUCAACGGAUCAAGAAAAAUUCUUGAUGAUGUAUGUGCCAAAUAGUGAUUCGGCGAAAAGAAAAGAUACAAAAAGAAAAUUCGAUGAAUUGGAUGAUUAUGAAAUGUUUCAGUAUCGAUGGCUUAGGGAUUAUGCAUUCUCAAAUACACCAUUGGGUGUGAACGAUGAACCAAAUGAACAAAUUUGGUUGGAAAGAAAAAUUAAAAAUGGUGAAAAAGAGGAGGUACAAAUUAACACGGCACCGGUUCGAUUCAGAAGUGAAUUGAAGCGUAGAUGUCUUGAAAAAAAUGAAUUGGGUAGAAGACCUGAAUUCUAUGGAAGAACAAAAAAACAUUUUUAA